AGUCUAGUAGAACUAGAAGCUAUCUUCUUCCAUUAUUAUCAUUAUAAAUACUUCAUGUGUACAUCUCAGAUUCUCUAUAAAACUUAGAGAGAUAUUUUAAAAGGAGGGAUAACCUUUGCUAGUUAUCACCAGUGAGUUAUCAGAGAGCUAGAAAGAUGAAGUUUGAGAAAGAGAUGAGGUCACAAAUGGUGCCGGAAUGGCAAGGAGCUUACAUGGAUUACACAUCCCUCAGGCUCAUACUUGAGGAUCUUAAACGUUUCAAAUUCAACACUCCACCACAACAUCAUUCUCACGCUACUCAUCAACAUCAUCAUCACCAUCAUCAUCAUAACCCUGUUGGUGCUGGAAUUUCUACUCUUUACAGAAGCUUUAGUGGACUAGUGGUUGCUCGUAGCGUCCCUAGUAUCACCACUUCUAAAAGUAUCAACGGUACUACAACCAGUACCAAUAACGGCCAUCAUCAUCAUCAUCAUCAAAAUAAUAAUCACCAUCAUGGUAUAUUUCACCACGACGAAGAACCAGUGAUAUUAGUGCAAUCAAUGCGAGGUCAUCAUCAUCAUGACUUAGAACAAGGAGAACCUCAAUCAAAUCAAAAUUAUGAAAAAUAUGAGACGAAGUUCUUGAUGUCAAACGAAGAUGGAGGAGAAUAUGAAGUAGCUUUCUUUAAGACACUUGACGAGGAGUUCAACGCGGUUAAUAAGUUUUACAGAGACAAAGUGGAUGAAGUUAUGAAUGAAGCUGCUGUUUUGACUAAACAAAUGGAUGCUUUAGUUGCUUUUAGAGUUAAAGUUGAGCAUCCUGAUCAAGGAAAAUUCGAACAGCUCUGUAAAGAAAUCGCUAGAUCUGCUUCGGCAUUUUCUGUCACUUCACCUAAGGGCGACUCCAGCAGUACUGAAAGCUCCGUAACAGAGCAUAUGGAAGUGAUACAAGAAAGUAAUGAAACAAGUACCCGUGGAAGUUCUGUCGGAGAAUAUGAACCGAGCAACGAUGAUGACGUGGAACAGGAAAAACAAAAUGAAGAAGAUGAGGAAGGUGAAGAGAAGCCUUUAAAGAUCAUAAUACCAGCUCAUUUGGAGCUUUUGAGUACUGUGAAGAUCAACAGCCCAUCUGGAACUCCACGUUCGACGAUAAAAGGCAUCCUCAAGAAGAAACGAAAGAAUAAUUUGAGUUUUAACAAAAAAAACUUGAAGAAAGCUGAAGAACAACUACAGUCUGCAUUCGUUCAUUUCUAUCACAAACUUCAACUUCUGAAAAGUUUUAGUUAUCUAAAUCUCUUAGCAUUUUCCAAGACCAUGAAGAAAUAUGACAAGAUAACAUCAAGACAUGCAUCAAAAAUAUACUUGCACAUGGUGGAUAACUCUUACAUAGGUAGCUCUGACGAUGUUACUAGGCUAAUGGACAGAGUGGAGGCUUCAUUCAUCAAACACUUUUCGAAGUCUAACCGUAGCGAAGGAAUGAACAUCUUGAGAUCGAAAAAAAAGAAAGAAAGACAUGUAACAACAUUUUCCUCAGGUUUAUUUUCUGGCUGCGCAAUAUCGCUUCUAAUAUGCCUAAUUUUGGUCAUAAAUCUUAGAAAUGUCAUAAACAAGGAUGGCUUUACGCAGUACAUGGAAACUAUGUUUCCACUCUACAGUUUAUUUGGAUUUCUAGUCCUACACAUGCUUUUGUAUGCAGCAGCCAUAUACUUUUGGAAGCGGUAUCGAAUCAAUUACCCGUUCAUAUUUGGUUACAAGCAAGGAACAGAACUUGGAUACAGAGAAGUCUUUUUAUUAAGUACAAUUCUUGCAACAGCUGCACUUGCAUGUGUACUUGCUAACCUAGACAUGGAAUUGGAUAUAUCAACGAAAAAGUACAAAGCGAUCAGAGAACUACUUCCUCUGGCAUUAGUUUCAGCUAUAGUUCUCAUAAUAGUUUGUCCGUUCAAUAUUGUAUAUCGCUCUAGUCGUAUCUUCCUGUUGCGGACUACAUUCCGAGCUAUCAGUGCACCUUUGUACAGGGUCACUCUAUCGGAUUUCAUGUUGGCAGAUCAGCUAAGUAGUCAGGGCCAAGCUCUUAGAAGUGUUGCGUUUUACAUAUGUUAUUAUGGUUCGGGUGACUACAAAAGGAGAGAGACCAAUUGCAAAGCAGACGUUGUUUACAAUUCAUUCUAUAUCGCCUUGGCUGCAUUUCCAUUUUGGUUACGCGCCUUACAGUGUUUUCGACGAUAUUUUGAAGAAAAGGAUGGAAUGCAGGGAAUUAAUGGUUUCAAAUACUUAAGUAUUGUUUUGUCUGUGAGCCUGGUAACGGCUUACGGUAAAAGACAUACAACAGAACUGUACGUAAUGGCUUGGAUAAGCGCGAUCAGUGCAGCUAUCAUUGCUAUAUAUUGGGAUAUUGUUUUUGACUGGGGACUCCUUCAAAAGAAUUCGAAGAACCCUUGGUUGAGAGACAAGCUUCUUGUUCCACAUAAAAGUGUUUAUUACGGAAUAAUGGUAAUGGAUGUGCUGCUGAGAUUUGCGUGGCUACAAACUGUGUUGAACAUUCAAGUUUCUUUCCUACAUAAAGAAGCUAUGGUUGUUGUUGUUGCAUGCCUAGAGAUCUUUCGUCGGGGUGUAUGGAAUUUCUUCAGGAUAGAGAAUGAACACCUAAACAACGUUGGCAAGUUUCGUGCGUUCACAACCGUACCUCUCCCUUUCAACUAUCACGAGUUGGAAGAUAAAGAUGAGUGAGUAGCCAGUUUUCAUUAGAAUGAGCUUCAUGAUGUGUGCCAUGAUCGAAAAAUUAGACUACAUAGGCUCAAGGAUGACAUUCGGAUGAUUCCUAGAGCUUGAUAAUGAUCAAGAAUGAAAAAAACAGAGAAACACCCCCAAGCGAGUACCACAUGAGACAUUUAAUCAACUCUUACGAAAAAAAAGAACAAAAUGACACACAAUUUUAAAGAAAAAAUAAAUAGUAAAAACCGUGCUUGGGAGAGAGAUUAGAGAGUCUAAAACCCAACAACUUUGGAACCAAGUGUUAAUUCCUACUUGUUUCGAGGAAGAUGCAAGUCUUUUACUGAAGUAUCUCAUGUAAAGCUCAAUUGAAGCUCCUUCACCACUGCACUGGAUUUUUUUUUCCAAUUGUGCAUAACUGUAAAGUUGGCAUUUCCUCGUUUGUAAAAUCUAAAUGUAUGAAUGUAAAUAGGGAAUGGAAUAAGCAGGCAGAUACUUUAGCCAAGUUCGUUAGAAAAUCUCAUGCAACCAUGGAAUGAGAUACGUUUCCUUCAGGAAUUGUUCUAGAAGUAUCCCCAAUUUUGUACGUAUCUUCUAUGUUAUUAUAUGAAUCCGGUUUACUUUCAGAAAAAUAAAAAA